GAGCUUUAAUUUUUACGAGCCUAAAAGGUAGGAACGUUUGACUCUUGAGCAGGGGUGGAGGUUCGGUUUUCGGUUAGCGAUCACCAGCCGAUUAAACCGAUAACCGUCGGUUAACAAUUAACCGAUAACUGAGCCCCCAAGUCUUCGGUCGGUGGUCGGAACGUGUAAUGGGAGCUUUGGUUAACCGGCUAACCGAGGCUAACUGACCGAUUGACAACCCAAGCCCAAAACUACGCCGUUUAUACCAAAAUGACGUCAUUUUGUCAACUUCCUAAAACUACCCCAACCCCAACCAUAUUCUCCUUCAUCGACCUUCAUUCCCUCCCUCUCACCCCGGCGCCUCCACCCCUAUCCGCCACUGCCGACUGGAAAUCCCCUGCAGGCUCCCCGACCGUCGCGUUCCCCCGCCGAUUGUCGUCUCCCCGCGGGACGCGGCAGCCCUCCUCGACCCCGCGCAACCCCCCGGCGACCCUCGGCGUCCAGCGACCCUCCUGCGAAGCCCGUGUUCGCCGGCUUCAGGCUCCAACAACCACCGACAUUGUCCGCCGUCGAGACUCCCCUGCCGGCUCCAGCAACCCCCUCGACGACCCCCUCGACCCCGGCGUCCGGCCACCCUCCCGCGAAGCCCGCGUCCGCCGACUUCAGGCUCCAGCAACCAGCAACACCAUUGACCAUCGAGACCUCCCCUGCUGGCUCCAGCAACCCCCUCAGCGAGACCUCCCCCGCCACCCCCGCCAAGUCGCCAACCGCCCAAGGCACAACCAUCUCGCCGACGCCAAGUCGCCAUCCCGCCGUUUGAAGUUUGAAAUUGACUUGUAGUGUAAGAUUUUUAUUGAUAAUGGGAAUUGAUGAUGAUUGACUCAGAUUUAUGAUGAUUUUAGAUGUAAUUUUGCAAAAAUUAUUAUUAUGGUUGUGAUUUUGUGUGAGUAAUGAGUUGAUGAUGAUUUAGAAUUUUAGAUGAUUAAUUGACAUUGUGUGAGUUGUGGGAGUUGAUCAUGGAUGAUUAAUUGAAGCUGUAAUGUACUAAUGUGAGUUGAUGAUGCUUAUGAGUUGAUAAUGCUUGUUAGAAUAUGUAAUUGUUUCAAUUGAGUUUCAAUUUCUCAAUUUAUGUAAUUGUUUUUGUAGGGCGAUACCUCCGGCUCCUCGUGGUGGAUGUGGCAGACGAGGUGCCAUUACUGCUGCGACUGCUCCUCGUGGCGGGAGACCUCCGGCUCCUCAAGGUCAUGAUGGUGCGGGUGCCACAGUCCCUGAUGCUCAGACCCGGGGCCGUGGUGGGCGUUCAGGAAGUCGACUUGUUCAAGCUGCUGAACCCGCCCAUGUCGAUAGUGGAAGUACACCUGCUGAGACUCCAUUUGUUGACACGAAUGCUACUGCUACAGAGAAAGAUAAAGGAGACACCUUCGACUUAAAGAAAUGGAUGCUGGCGGAGGGUAAGGCUGAUUGUUGGAAGGUGUUUAAGAAGGUGGUGGUUGACGAGUAUCCGAUGGGAGAGUGCAUACAUUGUCAUACUCAAAUCAAAGCUCAUCGUUCCAAAAAUGGGGCCUCUACAAUGAAUAACCACAAGCAUUCAUGUUUGGCUAAGGUGGCAGCAACAAAAGAUCAGAUAGUUUUGAACUUGCAGACAAUAGGUGGUGGUCAAGUAAGUCUUUUAUGGAAGUUUGAUCAAGCAAAAACUAGAUAUGCGUUAGCCAUGAUGAUCAUUAUGGAUGAGUUAUCAUUUCGCUUUGUGGAGAGGGAAGGUUUAAGCAAUUCAUGAUAGUUGUUCAUCCACUAUUUAAGAUACUUGGGAGGAAAGCUAUAAGAGAUGAUUGCUACCAUAUCUUCUUGGAUAAAAAGGUGCAGUUGAUUGAGUUUUUUGAAUCACGGAGCAAAGGCAUGGUUUCAAUCACCAUGGAUACAUGGACUUCUGAUAACAACAAGAAGUACAUGGGUGUCUUUGUUCCCAUCACAAGUCAUACUGGAAAGGAUAUUGCAGAGAAGCUUGCAGGAGUUCUUGAAGAGUAGAAGGUGAAGAAUCAGUUUUGCAUGACCAUGGACAAUGCAACUUCAAAUGAUGUUCUUAGUGAUUUGAUGGAUGAGAAGUUUCUACAGUUUCGAUGUGUGGCACACAUUAUUAAUCUGGUGGUACAAGAUGGCCUGAAAGUGACUGGAGGUACUGUGGAUAGAGUUCGGGACUGUGUGAAGUGGGUGAGGUCAUCCCCAGCUAGGUUGACAAGGUUUAAGACUGCCAUGGAAUUUCUGAAUGAGGAGUCAACCAAAUUGGUGUCUUUGGAUGUAGCAACCAGAUGGAACUCCAGUUAUAUCAUGUUAGAGUCAGCAGAAAGGUUUGAUGGAGUGUCUACAACUUUGUAUUCAAGUAUACACGAUCAUUCCUUUAGAGAUUAUGUUGACUCAAGAGGUGGUCUCCCAACUUAACAAGAUUGACAGCUGAUUAGGAAGUUGAUGAAGUAUCUGAAAGUCUUCAAUGACUUGACCCUCCUAGUCUCAGGUAAGUGGAAUUUGAAUUGAUUUUUUUAUUUUAACCAUUUGUCUAUCUUUAUUUGUUUUACUCUAAUUUUUUGUGUUCUUUUCUCAUUGUACAGGAACUAAGCAUGUGACUACCCAUCUCUUCUUCAAGAAGCUUGUUCCAGUUUAUGACAUCAUCCAGGAAUUAAAGAAUGAUUCGCACGAAGAGAUCCAAAAGAUAGCAAAAAAGGUCGAGGGAAAGGUACAGAAGUAUUGGUUUGAGACACUUGUUAUGAAUGAGGAGAACAUGAAGGUGAAUCACUUAAUUUAUAUAACAUGUGUGCUUGAUCCUAGAAGUAAACUUGAUUUGGUAUCCGAGGUUUUGGAAAUGAUUUAUGGAGGUGUGAAGGGGAGAGAAAUUGAGGCUAGAAUUAAAAGGGAGAUGCGUCAGAUGUUUGAGUUAUACAAAGGGAAGUAUGGAUCAAAAACACCAUCCUCUACAUCUGAGCCUACCAUGGAUGAGAGCAUUAUUGGUGGUAGUGCUGCUGAAGGUGUUGGUGAUAGGAUUAAGGAGCUUGAGGAGAGACUAAGGAAGAGGAAAACGGAAGCACUUCUGCAGGAAACAAGAGGUAGCUCUGCUGAGCUUGACAUCCAUUUGAAAUGUCAAACUGAUGGUAUCAAUUAGGAGAGUGAUGAUGCCAAGUUUGACAUCUUGGGUUGGUGGUCUCGACACUCUGGAAUAUAUAUGAUUCUUACUUAGAUGGCUAAGGAUAUUCUAGUUGUUCCCAUCUCCCUAUUUCCUCAGAGGCAACAUUCAGCUAUGGCGGUCAGAUUCUUAGUCUAUUCAGGUCCUCUUUGAGCGAUACCAUGGUGGAGACAUUGAUUUGUGCUGAGAAUUCACUACAACAAAUAUGGUCUAUGGUGACAAUCAGUUUUGUCAUUAUAGGUCCCGAUUUUGUCACGUAAAAUCUGUUGUGACAAACUUUGUGACAAAUUGCAUUUGUUACCGGAAGCUCGUCGUAAUAGAUUUAUUGUGACAAACGCAAAUGGAGUUUGUCACCAUACCCUUCCUGCUCCAGUGACAAAUAUAUGGCGUCACAAUGAAGUUCUUAGGUGACA